AUGUGUAUUUCUGUUCUUGCUCAUUUGCGUGAGCGUCGCCGCGGCAAGGGAUAUUCAAGAAACUCCAUUUCCGUCUUCGUAUUCAGCACCAACGCUAGACUGCUAUCAUCCCCGCCCGCCCCACCACAAGCACCAUCCACCCCAUCACAAACACCACCCGCCCCGCCGCAAACACCAACCACCCCAUCACAAAGGACACCACCCAAAUCACCCAUCACCAUCACCUCAAGUGCAGCCACCCCAUACCGCUCUAUCUCCUUUCCUGUUCAUAAUGCGGUUCCCCCAUCGCAUAUAGGUUCACCAACUCAUUCACCACACAUGGCUCCUUCCCCAGGUGAUGCUGUUUUGUCACCGCGUAUCACACCAACUCAGCCACCGCACACGGCCCUAUCUCCAGUUGGUCAUGCGGUUCCGCCAUCGCGAGUGGCAUCACCAACUCAGCCACCAUCGCAAAUGGCUUCACCAAUUCAGCCACCGCGUGUGGCUCCAUCCCCAGUUGAUACGGUUCCACCACCACAUGCGGCACCAACUCAGCCACCAAGCACGGUUCUAUCGCCGGCUAAGCUGCCAUCAACUCCGUCGCCGAAUGUCGCUCCAUCACCAGUUGAUAAAGGAGUUUUGCCACCGAAAAUGGUUGCUCCGAGUCCAGUAGUUCAUAAUGUGGUGGCUCCACCACCGCACGCGGCUCCUAUAACAUCACCACCAAAGUCUGAUUCACCCGUGGUUAAUGCACCUCCAUCGCGUCCCACUCCACAUCCAUAUCCACCUCCUCCUCCACCAAGUGAGGAUGAAUCAACUAAUUGCCCGAUGGUUCUGAUCAAUGUAGAAGGGUGUGUAUCAGAUCUGAUCAGGGCCUUUUUCAAAUUUGAUAAAGUUUCCAUAUCUACAGAAUGUUGCAAAGUUGUUUCAUCAAUUUCAGACGAUUGCUUUUACAGUGGAUUCACCAGGGUACCAGUUUUCCUAGGUAAAGUAAGGAAGUAUUGCAGUCAUCAUAAAGGCUGA